UAUGGAGGUUUGCAAAUUUCUUACCUUGUUAUUCGCCGCCAUCGUCGUUCUAUACUCCGUCCAGGCGACAGCACAAGGCGACCCUCAAUUGAUGGCUUGUAUGCAAAAACUUGUGUCGUGCCAGCCUUACAUACACAUGGUGAGCCCACCGCCUCCACCAUCAUGUUGCGGGCCAAUGAAAGAGAUUGUGGUGAAAGACGCACCGUGUCUAUGUGCCGUUUUCAACAACCCGGUGAUACUCAAAACACUAAACCUCACCAAAGAAAACGCACUUGAUCUUCCUAAAGCAUGUGGAGCUAAUCCUGACAUUUCACUUUGCUCCAAAACCGCUUCUUCUUCGCCGUCUACAGCUCACCCAGCACCAACCAGCGGAGGCUCUUCCGUUCAAGCUGUCAGCUACAUUGGACUUGGCUUUCUGUUUGCUUUUGUGGCAAGAAUCUUAUAUUGA